GCAAUGGUGCGAUCUUGGCUCACUGCAACCUCUGCCUCCCAGGUUCAAGUGAUUCUCCUGCCUCAGCCUCCCCAGUAGCUGGGAUUACAGGCAUGCGCACUACCACACCCAACUAAUUUUUGUAUUUUUAGUAGAGACAGGGUUUAGCCAUGUUGGCCAGGCUGGUCUUGAACUCCUGACCUCAAGUGAUCCGCCUGUCUUGGCCUCCCAAAGUGCUGGGAUUACAAGCGUGAGCCACUGUGCCCAGUCUGAUGUGCUAUUUUCUGUAUGUUCUUUUGUAUCUUUCACAUUUUGUGCCAGGCGCUAUGUAUUUCCUAUUUUAAAAUAAUGUUGAAAAGAAUGCAAAUAACCUGUCCGGUGGGAGAAGUGAUUAAUUUUUUCCAGAUUUUACACAGAGAGGGAGGCUUUGUGGCCUAGAAAUAAAUAUUAAGUCAGUAAGAAAAACCCUAAAUUAAAUUAAACUUGGUUGGUUAAUUUUCUUGACUCUCAGGAAAGGUUAACCAUCAGUCUGAUUCUUUGACUGCUCCAGGGAUUUUUAAAUAACUGUAUCUUAUUCACAAUGUAGUGAUUAGAUCUUUUUAGUAUUCAGAAAUUGACCUGAAAAUGCCCCAUACAAAUGCAUUUAAGGGCAAAAUCUCAUUUUUAUACAGUUUCUCUUAGCAGCUGCUCAAGUGCAAGCUUCUGAGUUUCCGUUUCUUCUAAACUGUCUAUAGCAGCAAGGAAAAGCGCUUUAAGAUGAAUUUGACAGGCCAGGCGCGGUGGCUCACAUCUGUAAUCCCAGCACUUUGGGAGGCCGAGGUGGGUGGAUCAGGAGGUCAGGAGUUCGAGAACGUCCUGGUUAACACGGUGAGACCCCGUCUCUACUAAAAAUACAAAAAUUAGCCGGGCGUGGUGGAAGGCGCCUCUAGUCCCAGCUACUUGGAAGGCUGAGGCAGGAGAGUCGCUUGAGCCCAGGAGGCAGAGGUUGCAGUGAGCCGACAUUGCGCCAUUGCACUCCAGCCUGGGGACAACAGCAAGACUUCGUCUCAAAAAAAGAAAAGAUGAGUUUGAUAGCUUUGUCCUAAUACAUACUUAUGUCUGGAUCCAAAGGGGACAGUGUCUCUAGCUCAGGGGGCGAUGGAUGGGCCUUCCUGCAGAGUGGAUGUUUAUUGAUUACUAAAGCAUCUAUUUGAGUUAAUCACUAUCAUUUUCAUCAUAGUCUCAUUGGUGUUUGAGCAGUGUAAGAAUAUCAGCUCAUCUUUGAGCUGGAUUUCACCCUGUAUUAGUUCAUUCUCACAUUGCUAUAAAUAACUACCUGAGACUGGAUAAUUUAUAAAGAAAAGAGGUUUGGCCUGGCGUGGUGGCUCAUGCCUGUAAUCCUGAGAGGUGAAGCCAGCUGGACUUCUGGGUCGGACUUGGAGAACUUUUCUGUCUUACAAGAGGAUUGUAAAAUGCACCAAUCAGUGCUCUGUAAAGACACACCAAUCGGCACUCUGUGGCUAGCUAGAGGUUUGUAAAAUGGACCAAUCAGCACUCUGUAAAAUGGACCAAUCAGCACUCUGUAAAGUGGACCAACCAGCAGGACAUGGGCGGGGAAAAAUAAGGGAAUAAAAGCUGGCCACCCCAACCAGCAGCGGCCCCUGGCUUGGGUCCUCGUCUAAGCUGUGGACGCUUUGUUCUUUCGCUCUUCACAAUAAAUCUUGCUCACUCUUUGGGUCCGUGCCGCCUUUAAGAGCUGUAACACUCACCGCGGAGGUCCGCGGCCCCGUCCUUGAAGUCAGCGAGGCCAUGAACCCACCAGAAGGAACCAACUCCAGACACAAUCCCAGCACUUUGGGAGGUCGAGGCAGGCGGAUCAGGAGGUCAGAAGAUUGAGACCAUCCUGGCCAACAUGGUGAAACCCCAUCUCUACUGAAAAUAUAAAAAUUAGCUGGAUGUGGUGGCGCACGCCUGUAAUCCCAGCUACUGGGGAGGCUGAGGCAGGAGAAUCCCUUAAACCAGGGAGUUGGAUGUUGCGGUGAGCUGAGAUUGCGCCACAGCUCUGUAGCCUGGCGACAGAGCGAGCCUCCAUCUCAAAACAACAACAACAACAAAAACCAAAAGAAAUGAGGUUUAAUUGACUCACAGUUCCACAGGUUGUAGAAGAGGUGUGACUGGGGAGGCCUCAGGAAACUUACAAUCAUGGUGGAAGGAUGAAGGGGAAGCAAGCACGUCUUCACAUGGCAGUAGGCGGGAGAGUGAGUGAAGGGAGAAGUGCUACACACUUUCAAACAACCAGAUCUCAUGAAAACUCACUAUCACAAGAACAGCAAAAGGGAAAUCCACCCAUGAUCUAAUCAUCUCCCACCAGCUCCCUCUCCCAACAUUGGGAAUUACAGUUCAACAUGCGAUUUGGUGGGGACACAGAGCCAAACCAUAUCACACCCCAUUCAAAGCUAUGAGAUUAUAAAAUGGUCCUUCUCCUGUCACUCAGCUGACUGUAAAUUCAUGCUGGCACAUCCACACCACGGCAGACAGAAGACACUGCUUGGGAGUUCUGUUCUGUCAUCAACGGAGCUGUGAUGACCGUGGAUGUCACUGGUAGUGGCCAACAUUUCUGCAGCUCCUUCUCAGUUACAUCCUCAACGCAAACUCCUCACCAGGGAGGUGAAGGAGAGCGGCGGCGGCGGCGCGGGUCGGCAGCGGGAGGGCGCGCGGCCGAGCGGGGGCGGAGUCGGCGCCGAGAACAUGGCUGGAGGCAAAGCUGCAAAGGACAGUGGGAAGGGCAAGGCUAAGGCAGUGUCUCGCUCCCAGAGAGCUGGGCUCCAGUUUCCUGCGGGCCGCAUCCACAGACACUUGAAGACUCGCACCACAAGCCAUGGAAGGCUGGGUGCCACUGCUGCCGUGUACAGUGCUGCGAUCCCGGGGUACCUCACUGCAGAGGUGCUGGAGCUGGCAGCUUGGCCCCAAGUGUGGAAGGCUCCAGCUUCCUUCCCCGCCGCAGGAUCCUAUUACUUCUUUGUUCUGUUUGAACUCUGCAGACUCUAAGUGAAGUGAGUCGGUGGAAAACCUGGCUGGAUCUCAAGAAUACAGCCUGCGUCUGAGUCCCAUGAAUCUCCCCGCAGCUUAAGGCCUCCUGUGAGCAGAGCGGAUAAUGUAAAGCCCUCUCAAAGACACUAAUAACUAGAAGUGGGACUGUAGCUCCAAAGUGGCUUUUUUUUCCCCCUUUCCCCCGUGUAACUUGCUGGAAGCACUUCGUAUUUCUUUAUUUCUUUGUGGAAUAAAAAAAAUUUGUUUGUAAUUCCAUGAGAAUUAGAAAGGCUUGUCUCAACUUCUGAGUUGGUACUUGACAUUCAGAUACUGCAUUUACUAGAGGAAGCACUGUUGCUACAUUAACCAAUGAUGGAUUUUUCUUCACAAUUGCGUGUUCAUUUGCUCCCUCUUUGAGAUGUCAAUUUUGGUUUUAGCAACACAGCCCACCCCAUAGAUCAGCAGAUCUGUGAGUGUGGAUUCAGUUGUUAGCAUCAUGGGGCAGGGGUCCCUGGACUGCAUGUGCCUUUGUAUUAAUUGACUAGACUUGCAGUUAUAUUAAUUCUACUUGUGGUUGUUUAAAUUGUGCCUACUUGCACCUUACUUGUUGAGUCAAGAUAGCAGGGUUUAUAUAAACGAGUUUAUAAUAUAUUUGGCUUAUCCUGCUCCUCGUCUGGCUCUGAUAAAAUUUUAAACAUUCAUUUUUCUUUCUUUCUGUCUCCCAAGUCGUUUCUAAAAGGCAAGACGUUAGACUAAAACCAACUUCUAUACUUAAGAUUAUCCUUGAAAUAUUUACGAAUAUGUUCAGGAAACAAAGCCUUGCUCAUUAUGUGCUAGAACAAUGGGUAAACUUUGCUUUCUUGUAGAGAAGAAAAUGUUUUCUUCAAUAAGACGUCGAAAACUAUUUUUGUACUUGAAAAAUCAUGUUACUAGAGACCUAAAAGAUCCGCAUUUUGUGGCUGUUUAAGAAAGCUACACAAGAUGGCGCCAGAGAGCCGGAGUGGAGAGGGAUGCGCGCCCCGCGCGAAAAGCUCAGCGCCAAAGGGGCGCCCGGGGCGGGCAGGCGCGUGUACCGGUUCUGCGGCGGGGCGGCUGGGCAGGGGCGCUUUGCCCAUCCUCACAGCUUCCGCUCUCUCCGGGCAACCUUUUCACCAGCUUCGCACGGACUUUCCGCCCGGCACCGUCCUUGGGUCCUCGGGGUCUCUGGAGCGGCCUGGAGGAGCCGCUGGAGAAGGAAGGGGGAGAAAGCAGCGGCGCAGGCGGAGGCUUCCUCAGGCCCACUUCGAAGCAGGGCGCCCGGCCGAGCCUCGGAGGAAAGCGCGCGCGGGACGCGGAUGGGUCUCGGCCUCCAGGGGCCGCGGGAAGGGGAGGCGGAGGGCGAGGGGAAGCGGCGCUCCCGCCCGGACUCCGGCCAUUCCUCAGCGGUCCACCGCAGCUGGCGUUCUUCUUUGAUCCCCAGAGCUCUCAAUGAAAGAAUGGAGAAAGUGGCUUAAAAAAUUGUGGUUGAAUACACAUAACAGAAAAUUCACCAUCUUGACCAGUUCGGUGGCAUGGAGUGCACUCAGCCGUUGCGUAUAUGGGCGAGUGUCGCCACUGCCCAUCUCCAGAACGCUUCAUCAAAGGGGACGAAACUCCGCGUCCAAGCGUGCUCUUUCUGUCUGGAGGAAUCUAACCACUCUCCGCACCCCAUAGAAGCGGAAUGCCACAGUCCCAUUUGUCCUUUUGUGAUGGACUGACUUCACUUAGCAUCAUGGCCUCAAGGCUCAUUCCUGCUGUAGCCUGUGCCAGAAUUGCCUGCCUUUUAAUAAGCCUGAAUCAUAUUCCUGUGUGUGUGUGUGUGUGUGUGUGUGUGUGUGUGUGUGUGUAUCACCACAUCUUGCCACUUUUACGUAUAGACCACAUAUCUUUCUUCCUUUUUUAAAAAAAUUAUUUUUUAUUUCAAUAGUUUUUGGGGUACAGGUGGCGUUCGGUUGUGUGGAUACAUUCUUUUUUUGGGGGGGCAGAGUCUUGCUCUGUCGCCCAGGCUGGAGUGCAGUGGCAGGAUCUCGGCUCACUGCAAUCUUCCCCUCCUGGGUUCAAGCGAUCCUCCUGCCUCAGUCUCCCGAGUAGCUGGGACUACAGGCACCUGCCAUCACGCCCAGCUAAUUUUUGUAUUUUUAGUAGAGACGGGGCUUCACCACGUUGGCCAGGCAGGUCUUGAACUCCUGACCUCAGGUGAUCCGACUGCCUCUGCCUCCCAAAGUGCUAGGAUUACAGGAGUGAGCCACCGUGCCCAGCCAUGUGGAUACAUUCUUCAGCCUUGAUUUCUGAGAUAUUAGUGCACCUGUUACUGAAGCAGUGUAUGCUGUACCCAAUGUGUAGUCUUUUAUACCUCGCCCCCCGACCAGCCUUCCCCUGCAAGUCCCCAGAGUCCAUUAUAUCACUCUUAUGCCUUUGCCUACUUAUAGCUUACCUCCCACUUAUAAGUGAGAACAUAUGGUAUUUGGUUUUCCAUUCCUGAGUUACUUCACUUCGAAUAAUGGCCUCCAGCUCCAUCCAAGUUGCCGCAAAAGACAUUAUUUCGUUCCUUUUGAUGGCUGAGUAGUGUUCCAUGGGGUAUAUAUGCUACAUUUUCUUUAUCCACUUACUUAGACCACAUUUUAAAAAUCUGUUAAUCUGUUUAAGGAUAUUUGGGUUGCUUCCACCUUUUGGCUAUUUCAAAAACUAUUGAAAUUAAAAAUAAAUAAAUAAUUUUUUUAAAAAAUAAACAUUUAAAAAUUUGAGUCCCUGCUUUUAAUUAUUUUAGGCAUAUACUCAGAAGUGGAAUUUAUGUUUAAUUUUUUGAGGAACCACUAUACUUUUUCCCAUAGCAGUACACAAGGGUUUUAAUUUCUCCACAUCCUUGUUGACAUUUUUUAUUUUCUGAUUAAAAAAAAAUUAGAGCCAUCCUAAUGGGUAUGAAGUGAUUGCGGUGGGGUUUGAUGUGCAUUUCCUGGAGAAAUUGGUAUUUAUUUAUUUAUUUAUUGUUUAGGCCACAUUUUUAAAAUAUUUUUUUCAUAAUUGAGAUUUUAUUGGUUGAGGAUCAGUACAGACAUUUCAAUUUGUACACAAAUCUUAACAUACGUAACGAAAUUCUAAAAAGCCAUGUAUUGUAAUUCUUUUUUAAAGUUAUUCCAGUGACUUUCCAGCUUAAAAUUUGGAAGCAAAUUUUCCUUAAGAGGCUAUCAAGUACCAGUAUCUUCACAUGUUGGUCAGCUGUUACAUACGGCCCACCAGUUCACAACUCAAUAGCACGUACACUACAUGUUCAAAUUUGUAAUCUUUCACAGCACAGUAAGUUAUUAGGAAAACAGGACUACCACAACCAAAGAUGUUACAGAGUACACACAAUUCUGACAGACAGAGCCAUGAUCAAAGAGUGGUUUUCUUUAGGAAACAAUUAUACUAAAAAACAACAUGGUAAUAGAAGUAAUUAAAAAUGUUCAAGACAUUAAAUGCAGGACUGACUCCAUAUUGCCAUUUAAUAUGCUUUGUAUUAUGGGAUAUAAAAACUAACCCCCCAUCUAUGGAAUGUUAAGCUGACACCCGAGACAGUCAGAGCCUCCCAUAAUUCAAUAUCCCACACUAUUUUCUGGUUGUACCAAAAAAUAAACAACCAGCAAAUGAUUUCACCUCUUAAAAAAAAGCAUUUACACUUAAAAAAUGGGAUGAGGUGGGAUUCCCUCCUCCUUAAAAAUGUUUCUAGAGCUACUAAAAAACUUGCAUUUACAAAAUAGUUGAUAUAAAUUUUCCUCUGGAUUGUACAAGAAGGGAGACAGGGACCACUGAUGAGACAUGGUAUAUGGUUAUUAAUCAGACUUGGCUUCUUUCUCUCCUGCUUCAUCAGAGGCUGGACUCUCCUCAGUUUUCGUUUCCCCGUUUUCUGCAGGUAAAUCUUCUUCAGUUUCUUGGUUAGCCACUUCGGCCUGUUUUCCCUUUGCUCCCCUUUUCCCUUUUGUUUGCACUUUUUUGUCUGAAGAUUUAUCCU